CUUGCUUGUGUUGAUUUCUUGCAACACGACAUGAAAAGGGAAGGCGAUAGCGACACCCGACUAACAGAAUACGUUUUCGUUUGACGAUCUGUUUGAUUUCUGGAAAAUAUGGAGUUCCCACAACUGCUUAUAUCAUCAGAAGCUUGGUCAGAAAAAAGCGGAUCAAAAUUCAAAGUUUUAUCUUCUGACGAGGAAGAGAAAAAAGUCUUAUUCCAUGUACCCGAUACAGAAAUAACCUUCCACUUGUCCAUAUGCGACAUUUCUGAAGAUAAAACAAAAUUGAUGGUGUGGAGUAACAAUGACAAUGUGCUGCCUUACUUAAACGAUGUACAGGAAUUCACGGAGUCAUGUAAACCUGUUCAUGUUGUUCUAGACAAAGUCGACACGUGUCUUAAACCAUUGGUGACAACAGCCUUGGCUGAUGACGAUGAUGAGGAUGAAGGUUGUGGAUCAGAUGACAACGAUGACUAUGGUGCCUACUACGACAAUGAAGAUUUAGAUGCAGAUCAAGAAGAAGUCCCCAAAGUAAAGGAAGCCAGCAGUGAAGAUGAAGAUGAGGAGAAUUUUUUUGGUGCCCAGGGAACACCAGGAGCUGUACAGAGACUCCUCAGAGAUUUAAAAGGAAUGAAAGAAUCCUAUAAAUUUGGAAUUGAAGGACGACCAAGGGGAGAUAAUCUGUUUAUUUGGGAUGUAAAAUUGAAGGAUUUCCCCCCAGAAUCAAAGUUAGGAAAAGAUCUUCAAAAUUUUGCUGAUAAAUUCAAGAGAGAGCCAGCUGUCUACAUAGAGAUGCAUUUCCCUGGGGAAUAUCCAAUGAAGCCUCCAUUUGUUAGAAUUUUGCGUCCCAGAUUUAAAUUUUUAACAGGCCAUGUGACCAUAGGUGGCAGCAUCUGUAUGCAAAUGUUGACAAAUUCUGGUUGGACACCCACAAAUGAUAUAGAGGCCAUCCUUGUUCAGAUACGAUCAGAGAUUAUGAGUGACCCGAAUGCCCAGCUUGAGAGGAGCGACUCCGAUCGGCCCUACGGAGAACAAGAAGCCAGAGACGCAUUCACUCGCAUGGUGAAAAGAUACGGAUGGUGAAAAGAAAAUGUUUGAAAGUGUUUGUUAUACGAAAACAAAUUCUUGUUUAAGACUUACCAGUAAGAAAUACAUUCCCAGUCAUAGUUGUACCACUGAUUACUCGUCCUAUCGAUUACAGCUGUCUCUCACUUCAACUGUAUUCUGAUACAUGGACUGUGUCUCAUGGAGAGGGUGUUUCACCUUGUUAUAAGACGUUUAUAGGCCUCCUAGUGGUUAUAAUGAGGCUUCACCAACAUUUAGCGUGGAUGUGUUGUAUAUUUAUAUCGUAGACUUCACCGCGAUCAAACUGGGAGUACAUAAACUUUCUUCUAUAAAGGGAAUCCAUUAAAAUAAUAAGUGAUUUUUUAAGUAUUCACUUCAGGAUGAGAGAUAGUAGAAAGUGAUUCAUUCUUUGAUGUCGGGAUACGUAGUAAAAACACAUUACAAUAAUUAUUCUUUGAUGUCGGGAUACGUAGUAAAAACACAUGACAAUGAUUAUUCUUUCAUGUUGGGAUACAUAGCAAAAACCCAUGACAAUGAAUAUUCAUUGAUGUUGGGAUACAUAGUAAAAACAUAUCACAAUGAUUAUUCUUUGAUGUCGGGAUACAUAGUAAAAACACAUCACAAUAAUUAUUCUUUGAUGUCAGAAUACAUUGUAAAAACACAUGACGAUGAUUAUUCAUUGAUGUCGGGAUACAUAGUAAAAACACAUCACAAUGAUUAUUCUUUGAUGUCGGGAUACAUAGUAAAAACACAUGACAAUGAUUAUUCUUUGAUGUUGGGAUACAUAGUAAAAACACAUCACAAUGAUUAUUCUUUGAUGUCGGGAUACAUAGUAAAAACAUAUCACAAUGAUUAUUCUUUGAUGUCGGGAUACAUAGUAAAAACACAUUACAAUGAUUAUCUACACAAGUAUUGGCAAACACAUGCACAUUCUAACUGGUAGAUACUGUAAACCAUUCACAUGUAUAUAUAAUGUAUAUUUUAGCAGAACUCCGGAUAUCAAAUUCUUCUACAGGAUUUUUGAGCAAUGAAUUUUGUACAAAGCAGAUAAGUCAAUUAUCCUUCCUAUUCUAUUGUUACAGACUGUUGCAAGCAAUAGAGUCUGUGUAAAAAACAUCACAACAAAUUGUAUACAGUAAACACAUUGUCACUGCUUCCAUGGGUCCAUCCAGUUGUCAAAAAAGAUAUGUACAAGAUCUCUCAACAGACCCUUUGGAUGUGGUUAGGAAAAAAUAAGAAUGUCCAAGUUAAAACGUUUUAUAGUUCCGGGGCCAGCUGUUUCUCACAUCGUUGAUUAUGAUGUGGAUGCCCUGUACUAGAUAGUGCAUGUAGUACAUAUAUAUGUACAUCCCCAGAUAUUGCUUGUCAAUGUAUAAAUUGUUUGUAUGUCAAUCUCAUUUUUUGGUGAAUUUCAAACAUUUCAUUGAACUUUUCAUGAAAAUAUUCAGUUUGAUGAGUAAAGAUAUAUUUUUGUUAAAUACCAAAGAUAAGUAAAAUGUAAACGUCCAUUUUUAUAUAAAGUUUCUGGUUUUCCUCAACGACAGUAUUUUAUACACAGAAUUUUAGAAUUUUUGUGCUGUUAACUGUACUUGUUUUGAUUUACAGUUCAAUAAGGUACUGUACAUGACAGUUGUAACAGUAAUAGACUACGUUGUAUGGCUAACGAUAUUGGUAGACUUACAAUAUAGGUAAUAUCCUCACUGCAUGAAAGAGUAGGAGUUUGCUGUCAUGUUCACAAAUGAUUCCCUCCAAAUUGUAUCAAUGGUAAACCCUUUCACCGCUGUAGACCAUAAUGAACUCAUCCAUAUCAAUACAUGGUAGAGUCUACUAACGUUACAUAGGGGUGAAAUGGUUAAUGAAUGAAUAGGGUAGUGAGUGUCUAGCUAGCUAUUUUUGUAUUGGUUGUUUUAUAAUUGUACAAAUGUAUUGUUGAUCAUCGUUAUUUUGCUUUCUGUUAUUGUUAAUGAUAAGAUCCAUACCCCAAACACUGAGAAAAAAUAUUCUUAUGGAGGUGUAGAUAUUUUUGUCUAGAAUGUGAGGCUGUAUUUUUCACUUCUGUUAUAGAGGUCAUGUUACAUGUAUAGAGGUCAUGUACUGGUAAAAUAUAUCAUGCAAAUUUUAAUUCGGGUUGUCAAACCAGACUAAUUUGAGUAACUGGUUACUCAAAAAAUCUCCCAACUGAUUAGCUGUUUAAUCGGUCAAUUUGUCAAUCAAAUAAUUAGCUACAAAUACAUAAAUGUCGGACUAUUUCGUUAUUGAUUUCAGUAAAAGGUCCGAGUAACUGGUUAACUAGCUAAAUAUCGACAAUCUCUUAAUUUUAAGGGAAUUGGAAUUACUAGCAAGUUUGUAAUUUGAUAAAUCGAGUUUUAUAUGUGUCUGUACAGGUAAUACGAACAAAAAGUGUAUGACUUUAAGGCAAAAUUGAUCGCCAAGUGCUGGUUUUUUUUUUUGCAUUAAAUCAGUUGCAGGUAUUUUGUGUCCAAAUGUUAAGAGUCUGGAUUUGAGGAUUUGUUUUAUGUUUAAGAAUGAUGUCAUUGAAUGUCAUUAAAUUAAAAAUAGACUGUUAUCUCAAUAUUUUAUAACAUGAAACAUUUAUGGAUGUUUCCUUUUGCUGUAAAUAUUACAUCAACAAACAACUCAGUUGAUACGAACGAUUCCUGUCCACCGCUACAAUUGUACGCUAGUUAAAUUAUUCAAUGCACAAUUAUCCAUGAUAGCAUGGUAACCAAGACAACUUCAAAAGAAUUACAAUGUAAAAGUUUCAUGUGAUACAGUAAAGUAUUGGGAUAAUUGUAUACCUGUGUUUAAAAUAUACGGAGCUGUACUUAAUGCGUGAUGGAAUGAGAGUGAAAGAUAUAAACAGUCGAAGUCAGUUCUUAUUAUUAGUUUGUUUACAUGUUGUCUUGUCUGUAUCUCUAUUAGUUAGGUCAGAUGUGCAAUUGUGAGUUAGCCCUUUACGAGAAGUGUAAUUGUGCCGAAAAUAUCCGUUACUGUUGUAGCUGACUGUUAAGCACUGAAUGAGUGAUUUAUUAUGGUAUCAAGUACAACAUAAUUGAUUGUGUUGACAUUUGUACAUUAUUAUUAAUAUUAAAUAUGACGGUUGAUACAUUGGAAAUAAAUUAUUUCAAAAUAUU